AAUAUUUAUAAAAACUCCUACACUCCUUUGAAGUAUUUAAUUUUCUUUUAAUUCUUCUUCAAUUUACAUUCUAAAAAUAGUGUUUUUAAAUAGUGUUAUUUUUAACGUGGUAUUGGAGAAAUUUCGUAAUCCUGAAUUCCUGAUUGGUUACUGAUUAGGUAUGCAUGGCCCAUAAUAUUAACAUUUGGCCAAAAUAAUUUAGCACCUUAACAAAAAAUCCAACAUAUCCAUGGAAACUGAUAAAAAUUGAAAUUGACAGGUGUAGUGUUCUUUAAAAAUAAAAUUAUUUCAAACUAAUUCAAAUAACCAUGGCGAUGGCAAGCAUAACCUCAAGUUUUUUAAAUUUACAAAAAAAUAUUCUAGAAAUAAGUGUUCAAACAUGUAUCACCCAACAAAUAAGAGGUAAAAAGAGGUUAAAUAUUCCAAAACUACGUUAUCCUACAUGGUUUGUACGCAAAGAACGUGUGUUACAUGAUGAAAAAAUAUCGCAAGAAAAUAGUGAAUUUAUUAAAGAUGUCAUCUCAGAGAAGUUUGGACCACCAGCAAUAAUCGGCGGUAUACAAACAUAUAAUACACCUCUUAAAACAGAGCCUUUAAAAUCAGUUGAAUGGACACCUGGCUUAAGGCGUACUGGAACUAUUGCAAAGAAAAUUGGCAUUUAUCCAAUGUGGUUGAAAGAUGGAACUAAAAUAUCAACUACUUUAUUACAAAUUGUAGAUAAUCACGUUGUAAAGUAUAUUCCCCCGGAUGAAUAUCACCAAACACGAGAGCGUGUAAUUAAAAUUCGAGGAACUCCAAAAGGAUGUGUUCUUGUAGGUGCAGAAAGUGAUGAUCCAUCCUUAUAUACACGAGAAUACUGUGGUUUAUUUGAGAAAUCUGGAUUACCCCCAAAAAAAUUCUUGGCUCGUUUUUUUAUAUCACCAUCGGCUGCUUUAAGUCCCGGCACACCGUUAACAGCUUUACAUUACAGAGUCGGUGAUUAUAUCGACGUUCGAGGCAAAACUGUGGAUCGAGGUUUCCAAGGAGUGAUUAAACGUUGGGGAUUUAAAGGAGGACGUGCUUCGCAUGGUACGACAAAAACUCAUCGACGUCCCGGAAAUAUUGGCGGUGGUGGUGAAAAAGGUCGUGUUUGGCCUGGUACCAAAAUGCCUGGUCACAUGGGUAACACAUGGCGUAUGUUGAAAGGUUUAAAAAUUUGGAGAAUUAAUACAAAAUAUAAUGUACUUUGGGUUAGUGGUCAAAAUGUACCUGGUUCAACAAAUUCAUAUGUUUAUAUUUAUGAUACUAUUUUGCCUUCGAAACCAGUAACAAAUCCACCAUUUCCCACGCACGUUGAUAAACCGGAUGAAGUUUUACCUGAAAAUAUUUACGAUGAAGAAGUUCAUAGAUUUAGUGAUCCAACUAUUACGUUUCAACCAGAAUGAAAUGUUUAAUAA